AUGAGAGAAAAGUACCGAAAGCAGCAUGCAAAGAAAUUCAGGUGUGUCAUGAAGGAAUUAAAGUAUGUGGAUGAUUUGAAUUGGACACGGAGAUUGUUUCUCAGCCAAGUGCUGCUGCUGUUACAGUCAAACGUUUCUGUAGUUUUAUAGAAAGACGCUAAAAAAUAUAAUACUAAAAGAUCUUGACUGGCCGCUGUUUCAGAUUUUGUAUUUUGCUAAAAUAGUCGGAUUUGUGUUGUAAAAGGGUAAUUAACUAAAAAGAAGUUAAAUUCUGUUUUGUUUUGUAGAGAAACCUUGAUGCUAGUAGAGCGGUUGCCAUAUUUGGACUCAUCUCUUUCUAUAUUUCGAUUUUAUAUGUUUGUUGAAAGAAACAUACUUAUUGAUGUGGAUAUGCUACGAGAUUUAGAUUUGCCGCUUUCCGUCAAAGUGGACUUUUUGAAUUUUUCCUUUGCAUUAGGAUUACUGGAAAUCUAAGGAAUGUAGUCUCGCAUGAUUCUUAAAAUGGUGUUAAUCAACAAGUGAAAGUUACACGCAAUAGUCAUUCGGUUUUGUGUUUUAUAUCUUGUAGAUGAAUUUUUUUGGAAAUCAGGCUUUUGCUGCAAUGCCCGUUCAGUUUGUGGGCCUAUAAUGCAGAAAGAUGCCGAUGUGAAUUUCGCCUUGGACUUUGCCGUUUACUAAUCCAAGACUACUUGAAGUUUAUGAACUAUGAAGACUUUGACGUUCUUUCGACCUUUAGUGAAUUUAAUAGAACCUAUCCAGAUAUUCCUGAAAACCAUGUAUUUAUUGUAAUGAACCACUGAUUUUGAUAUGCAUUUAUAUAUUACUAGAAAAGUAUUUGAACAGUUUGUCUACCGAGAAGAAUGCCAGUAUACAGGGUGGCUAAACACAGCUGAUAUGGAAUAGAUGAAUUACAUAGUGUUGGAUUCUGGAAUUAUGUAAAUGCAACAAUUGAAAGUCAGUGGUUCAUGAGAAAAAUGUAUAUCGUUGUAUUUUAAGUUAUUUCAAGAUUUCGUUGAAUUGGGCAGAGAGCUCUAGGCGUCUCCACACCUCCCACUUUGUAAAUAGGUUUAAAAUAAAAAAAGAAGUAGACGGCAAUUGCUUGUGAGAUAUUGACUGGAAAAAAGAGGGAAACAAAUAAAUGUGGAGGGUUUAAACCCAAAAAAUAUAGAAACCAUUAACGUGAAACAAGAUGGUGGGUUAAUGAGGGAAAACAAAGGUUCUUAAUCCCUGGAAGGAAACCAAGAUGGGGGCUUCAACUUUGAAUAGAAAUCAAGAUGGCCGCUUAAUCACUGAAUAGAAAGCAAAAGGUCACGUAAUGAAAAAAGAAAAAAAGACUCAGAAAAAGAAGUAGAAGGAAAACACAUGAAAUAAAUGAUGAAAAUGGUUAGAAAAAUAAGUAGAAGGGAGAAACAUGAUGAAAUAAAUGCUUUAAAAACCAAAACGUGCACUCUAUCAUGGCAGUGACGUCAAACAAGAUGGCGGGUUAAUUACGUAAACAAUACCAAGAUGGCCGCUUUAUUGCUUAAGCCAAAGACAGAGAAAAUAAACGUGAGUUGAAGGAACAGAUAUAGCGCAAAAACGUGGGAAAAAAGUAAACGCGCAACGUUACAUGUUUCACAAAGUCUUUAGGGAAAACAAAAUGCGUCAUACAACCUGCCUAGCUCAGCGAAAUCAACUUCGAUUGACGUCGAUAGCCUACGCUUGGAUGUGUUUGUAUCCAAAUGCAACUCAAAGGUCGAAACGCGUGUGCGCAUUUAUUUCUCUAAGUGAGUGAUUAGUGUUCAUGCAGUGCAAACAAUUGUCAAGCGAGUGACAAGAACAAGCCUUGUUAGUGAGAGAAUGGAAAACGUUAAUCAAGCCAUUGACAGUCAAAUCGAAGGUAAGUAAUCACUCUUAACUAAGAAAAGAGAACUUGUUUUAAAAGAAACGUUUAAGCGGAUGGUGGUUGAUAUUAUGUUAUUUAGCCAUACUGAACGAAGGCAAUCAGGAAUUGUUAGACAUGAACGCUGUGGACAGGGAGAUUGAAGGUAAGCCUCUUUUCCCGCGUAGAUUCCCACGUAAAUGAUGUCCAUAAGCCAAAGUAACCAGAUAUAGUCGGAUAUAGAUAUAGCUCAAAAAAUUUUCUUCAGUUUGUUAGCGGAACAUGUGAUUCCAUGCCUACCUUGCCACAUCGUAUGUCAGUAUUGCCAAAGUGGUGACAGCAUUUUUGCACCAACAUGUUUUCUUGAAUGGAAGCCGCCACACCAUUUUCAGAAUUAUACAGCUUUUGAUUUAGCUAUUGAGAAUAUAGUUAUUGAAGGUUACUUAUUCACAACUGCAUAAUUCUUGAUUUAUAAAAUAACACUACCUAAAGAAGAUACAAAAAGACAAUAAAACCCAAGUGUAGCCCACAGAGAAAUGAGUAAGAAGUACAGCUGCACUUUCAAUUCCCAAAAUGUAGUGACAGGUUUUCGCAUUUUCCAUCGCAUGGCGAUCACUUCACAAUUAUUACCGCUUAUCCCUAUGAAAGUACAUGUAAUUUUCUACGUUCUUUUAAAAAAUCAUUUUUUUCUUGUUUAAUCCCAUGUUUUUUCUUUUACAGAAACAAAAUCAUCAAGAAGACUCUCCAGACAAAAGCGGUUCCUUAAAGAGCCACCAAAAAUUAAUAAAAGUUAGUCACACAAUUCAGAUUUAAACGUAAAUGUUUUUAUUUACAAUGCAAAAACUAUCUGCACUAAUGAAAACAAUUGACUUCUCGAAAACAAAACAAAAGUCAGUUAGGUUGCCUCAUAAAAUCCGUACGGAAAGGAUUUGAAUGUAAUGGGAUCCACUACAUGUUUGUUGAGCACUAAUACGUUUGUAUAGUAAAGUUGUUGUGAGCAUACUUGUUGAUUGACUUUAGAAAUUUCCAGCCUACUAUUGAGAAUGCAUAUAGGAGCGGUGUUAAAAGGAAAGAUGUUUUUUCCAAGACCAAUUCUUGCCAAGUUUCUUUACAGACCAGAGUGCAUAGCAGCCAUUAAGAAGAAAACAGAUUUGAAGAACAAGGCUCGAAUUUUAGAGGACUUAAUUUAAGAAUAUCGCAAGAGUUGAAAGAUUUAUUUUGGUUGUAAGACCUCCAUUUACAGCCGUUGACCUCAAUGUAAGAAGUCUUAGCCAACACUUUCAGUAUAUGUGUAACUUUCUAGACUCCUCUGCCUUUUCUUUUCAUGUGAUGGACGUUCUGUUUCAUGUUCUCCAGAGUAUCUGAAUUAGAAGUAUUUUCGUCCAUAGAAAGUCUAAAUACUAAGAAAUUCUUUGGAGCUUACAAGGUUCAUCCUCUCUUAGCCUGUGGUUUUUCAGCUGUUCUGCCCCCCAAAAGCAAAUAAUUAAUUAAUCCAUUUCCCAAGGUAUUUUUCUUGAUAGGAUGAGAAUAGCAAAAAUUGUUCCCAAGCCUAAUGUCUCUCUUGGGAUAAUUUAAUAAGUAACAUUUUUAAAAAAUUUAUUUUCAAUCAAAUUAUGUUCUAUUCAUCCACUGAAGAUAUUCUUACUCCAAAGCAAUAUGGCUUCUGCCCUGCUAGUACCACUACCGACUGUCUAUUAGAUUUACUAGAAGAAACUACCACCACUCUUGGCAAGGGAGACACGGAUAAGAAGUUGAUCGCCUUUGUUGCCUCUGUGAUGCUGAUUGCUUUAUUGAAGCAGAUCAAAUCAGGAGUCCCUGCAGGCCUCUUGAGUAGU